AUGGCGGCCGUCCAGCUGACGGAGGAGGCGGCAGCGACCAGGAUCCAGGCGCGAUACCGCGGACACGCCGUCAGGACGCAUCGUGUCGCAGUCGAUAAAGUUGUCGACAAUGCGACAAACGACGAAAAGACUGUCGUCGGCGAGGAAAGGGAGAGCCAGCAAGAACCGGUAACUGAAGAGCAAAGAACGCGGCAGGCCGCCACGCGCAUACAGGCAGGCGUGCGCGGUCACAUUACACGCAAAAACCUCCGACAGCAGAGACAAAAGCAGGAGGAGGAGGAGGAGGCUGAGAGGUACCGGAAGGAUGCUGCCGCCACGAAGCUACAGGCUGGCUUUAGAGGAUCACAGGUCCGGCGGCAGAGGAGGGAUGACAAUCAGAGGAAGCAGCUGGGGAAGGAGAAACAUGAUGAGCAACCGGGAGAAGGAGCAGCGAAAGAGGCGCAGCGGAAGGAGAGAGACGAUGAAAAAGGGAGGGAGAAGGACGAUGCGGUGUCGAAGAAGACGUCGAUAGAAAAGAGUGAGAAGGCUGCAGUCAAAAUACAGGCCGGGUAUCGUGGGUUUAAAGGCAGACAGCUAGUGAAAGAAAAGCGGUCAGCGAUGGAUAACACCGAGAAAGCAGCCGUGAAAAUACAGGCUGGAUUCCGUGGCUAUAAAGGCAGGAGGCAAGCUAAGGAAGAGCGCGUCAUUAGAAAGUUCACGUUCCCAAAGACCCACGGAACGAUCGUAGAAGGGGCCAACUUUCGGCCGGCGCAGGAAGCUACUUCUUUACAAAAGUUUCUGUAUUCGAAGAAACCUAACAUCAACGGGCUCACGGGCUUGUUAUCGACGCGGAAUAACGCACAGAGGCAGACCAUGAAGGACAACUACCAGUCAAGGUUCCUCAAGGAUCUCCUCGAGGAGGCACGGUCGGCAGAGCUAUCCGGUAACUUCCAGGAGCUUGCCAUCGCGCUGCUCAUGCAGACAGCCGACUACGACGCGCACUGCAUCAGUGAGGCCGUGUCGGGCAUCGGUACCAACGCAGCCAUGCUCACCGAGGUGAUGUGUACGCAAGAGGCUGCCGACAUACACAACCUAACACAGCAGUACAAGAGCAAGCACAAUCAGAAGCUGGAAAGUGUGUUUCGAAGCGAAACGACCGGCGAUUUCCAGAAGCUGAUGAUGGCGAUCUGUAAGGGGGUCAGAGCUGCUGACGUCACCGUCAACGUAGCGGAUGCCAGGAGAGAUGCAGAGAUGCUCGCAAAGGCUAUGCACGGAAGCAAAUCUCUAAAACUCAUCAACUUCUUUGCCAAAAGCAGUUUCUCGCAUAUCAAAGAAACGCAGGAGCAAUACAGACAGAUUUUCGCCAGACCGCUGAGAGACGAUCUGAAGAAACUGAAACGAAGCCAGCUGCUGCAGAAUGCGUUCCUCACGACAGCUGCCUAUGCCGACCACCCAGUGCUUUACUACAGCGAAAAGCUUCACGAGUCCAUCAACAACGAUACGAUGCUAAUACGCCUCGUCGUCGCACGAUGUGAGGUGGAUUUGGUCGAGAUUAAGGAAGCGUACAAGGAGAUGCACCAUAUGUCACUGGAUGACGCCAUUGAAUCGAAAUCAUUCAACGAAGACUAUAAGAAGUUAUUGCUCGCCAUAACAAGAGGAAACAUCGAUCCAACAACAAACGAGAAUCCAGCAAAACAGUCGGAGACGGAUGUAGCAUCGCGUGAGACGAAACGCGCGAAGUCUGCCACGAAAGAAGCGAAAAAUGGCAAAAAGACAUCGAAGAAAGACACGGCGGCGGUGCCGCGGGAGCCUCGGGAGCCGCUGACGAACGGCAAGGAGUGA